ACUUACAAUGAACCUCAGCUGAGAAGAAGUAGGAAUUACUACAUUUUCUUUCCCGUAGAUAUUUGUGUAAAGUCGAACAUUCUUCCGCUAACCUUUAAGAUUGUCCAGCGCGAAUAGUCAUAUUCUCAUUUUUUUCCUGAGAGAUAAGUUGUCAGACACUUAAGUUUUUUUCAACCAGUUUUGAAUAAGGAAAUAAUCUUGCUAACGUUAUGUAGCAAGCUAAUCUCAUUUAUCUGUCGGAAACUCAACUUUCAUUCGCCAGCGUUACACAGCCGCACGGACAGGUAUGACUGAGUAUAAACUUGUGGUGGUCGGGGCUGGAGGUGUGGGGAAGAGCGCUCUCACCAUCCAGCUGAUCCAGAACCACUUUGUGGACGAAUAUGAUCCCACUAUCGAGGACUCUUACAGAAAGCAGGUUGUGAUUGACGGGGAGACAUGUCUGCUGGACAUCCUGGACACUGCAGGUCAGGAGGAGUACAGCGCCAUGAGGGACCAGUACAUGAGGACUGGAGAGGGUUUCCUCUGUGUGUUUGCCAUCAACAACACAAAGUCCUUUGAGGAUGUUCAUCUUUACAGAGAGCAGAUCAACCGGGUGAAGGACAGUGACAGUGUUCCCAUGGUGCUGGUGGGGAACAAGAGCGAUCUGAGCUCCCGCACGGUGGAGACAAAGACGGCCCAGGAUCUGGCGCGGAAUUACGGCGUGCCGUUCGUUGAGACUUCAGCUAAAACCAGACAGGGUGUAGAAGAAGCCUUCUAUUCACUAGUGCGGGAGAUAAGAAGAUACAAGGAGACCAACCGCAGCAACAAGAAGAGCAAGAAAAGCAAUCCGAGACGCUGCAUUAUACUAUAGCACACCGAAACGUCUACUGCCAGCAUCCCUGAGAGCACUUGUAUCUAACUGCCCCCUCCUGACUCGCACACUGCCCCUCACCACGGAGGCGUCAGUGAAAACGGAAUCGAUUUUCAUUGUUGCAACUGUUGCCCAGUCGCCAUGUUUGUCAUUUUCAUCUGCUUAAGGAUUUCACUGUAAACUGUGCAGAACUGCACUUUGCACAAUAAUAUGGGGGGAGGAGCUCAGUCUGCGAUCGCAUUAAUUACUUUGAUUUUUUUUAUCAUACUUAAGUGUUUGUAUUGCAAGAGAACAAAUAAAUUCAGUAUAUUUUGUAAUGGGAGGACAUUUGCUCAGGUUAGGUUUUUCCAUUCGUUUCAGAAAUGUAGCUAUCACAUCUUUAUAACAGAUCUUUGUACCCUCUGAAACAUAACAGCAGUUCAUCCUUCUAGUGAGUUUGUUUCCCGGGUUCACUUUAUACACUUCAGUUUAUUAGAAUGAAUUUGUGCCACUUUCAAAGUUUACUCAGGAAUAUGCUUUUUUGAACCGUCACAGCAAUCUGCCUGAAUAUUCGCAUCGUGUGUAACACUGCGUUUGGUUGCAUUUAAAACUCACUGUCUGCUGCCACUUUGUUACAGCACUCUGUUGUCAUGGCAUGUUGUGAGAAAAAUUUGCAUGGCAUUAGUUGCACUCAUGCUGAAGCCAGUGUUCAUCAGUUCUCUGAUCUUAUGCAAUGCUGGAUGGCUGGUUUAUACAAGGAGGAAAAAAAAGAUACAAGGAUCUGUCACCAAUAGUUUUCUAUUUUUGUAGAACUACUUGAUGCAUCCCCCAGUGUAAAAUAAAUAAAAAUGCUAAAUGCACAGUAAUUGAUAAUCACAUCUCAAGUUGCAUUCUUUAAAAGCCUCUCUGUAUCAAUCCAGUAAGUCAUUUCAUUGUAAUGCAGUGUACACAGAUCUCUAUUAAUUUAAAUAGAUAAAAUAGCUUCAGAUGAUUAAGCAUUUUAACAGCUUGGAGGCAGGAAGC